GUUAAUGCAAACUGCGAAAAAAUGCGUAAAAAUAAACGUUUUUAUCGGAAACCGGUACGAGCCAGAGUAGCAGAGUAAAUAAACUUUUAAAUAGCCAUCCAGUAUCAUUUAGUUCUUCGAGCGGUUAGUGUGCAAACAUUUUAGAGCCUUAUUUUAGAGAAAGAAGAUGAACGAUCAGGUGGCAAUACGCGUCAAGGAUGUACAAAAAUCCUAUGGAUCAAACCAUAUAUUAAAAAAGAUUUGUUUAAAUGUACAAAAGGGAAGCAUAUAUGGUCUUCUGGGAUCCAGCGGUUGUGGUAAAACCACUUUACUGAGUUGCAUUAUUGGUAGAAACAAAAUAGAUCAAGGUGAAAUACAAGUCUUUGGUAAGAAAUCAUCAGCACUGCUCAGUUCAAAAGUGGGAUACAUGCCACAGGGAACUUCACUUGUACGAGACUUCACCGUCAAAGAUUCCAUUUACUUUUUUGGCAGGAUAUAUAACGUAGACGAUGAAAUUAUACACCAAAGAUACGAAGAAUUGGUUGAGCUUUUAGAGCUACCCAAAGAUGGCAGAUUUAUUAAAGAUUGCAGUGGGGGUACGCAGAGACGAAUUUCGUUUGCAGUAACUUUGGUCCAUAAACCAGAAUUACUAAUUCUCGACGAACCAACUGUCGGAACAGACCCAAUUCUUAGAGAUAGGGUAUGGAAAUAUUUGCUUAAAAUCAGCCAAGAAGAUAAAACGACUGUGAUAAUAACAACGCAUUAUAUAGAGGAGACCAGACAAGCCAAUCAGAUCGGUUUGAUGCGAGAUGGUAAAAUUUUAAUCGAAGAGAAUCCAGAAAAACUAUUGAACAUGUACAAUUGCGAGAGUUUGGAGGAAGUAUAUUUAAUCCUAAGUAAAAAUCAAGAAUUCGCUAAAAAUCGCGUGACUGUUGGCGAAAUAGAAGAAGGUGAACAUGCCGGCAAUGUUGGUGAUACAGCACAAUCCCAAUUAAGUAUAUCUUCGAGAGAAACGACAGAAGCCUUUGAUGAAUGUAACGCAUCAACUGAUGUUUUGACGACUGAAGAAACUACCAAAAAUCCCAAUCGAAUAUUCGCUAUGCAUAGAUUCAAAGCCCUUUUAGAAAAAAAUUGGAAGAGUCUGAGGCGGAAUCAUUUAGCCAGUAUAUUUCCAGUACUAAUGCCCGGAAUCCAAGUGCUAUGUUUCUUGAUAGCAAUUGGCAGAGACCCAACAAAUGUACCUUUUGGUAUUGUAAACGAAGAAAGAACCCGAGAUUUUUGUAAACAUUUUGAAGUCAACCAAUCGGUGGUGCGUUACGGCGAAUGGGAUUGUCAUAUAAACAGUAUUAGCUGUCGAUUUGUGGAUUUUUUGAAUAUACCUCUAAUUGAAGAAAAAUUCUAUGAUUCAAGGAGUAAAGCAAUGGAGGAUUUAAAAACCGGUAAAUUAUAUGGGUUUGUACAUUUGCACAAGAAUUUAUCAAAAUUGAUGGAAAACAGACUGACUGAAGGCCUCGAUUUAGACGAUCUACCCGAUGAAGAAAUUCAAAUUUAUCUCGAUAUGUCAUCCCUUCAGAUCGGAGGCACGUUAAAAAUGAGAAUAGCCGAACGAUAUCAAGAAUUCCACAAACAGGUUCACGAAGAUUGCAAUUUUUUGUCCGGUUCUACACAACUUCCACUCAGAGUGGAAGAAUAUUUUUACGGAGAUCAAAACGACGAGUUUAUUAUUUUUAUGACACCUGGGAUAGUGACGACGAUGAUUUACUUUAUGGGCGUGAUGAUGACGUGCGUGAUAAUUUUGGAUGAAAAAUGCGAAGGUAUAUGGGACAGAUCGAUAGUGGCUGGAGUGACGUCUGUGGAACUCAGUUUGUCGCAUUUAUUAUUCCAAACGACGUUUAUGGGAUUUAUGGCAUUGGAACUGGUGGUGCUCGUAUUUUUCUGCUUUCAACAACCCUACGUAGGAUCUCUGUGGCUGAUUUAUUUACUGAUUUACCUGCAGGGGUUGGCUGGAAUCGUUUUGGGUUUUGGUAUAUCUAUCGUCAGCGAUAGUCACGUAACUGCAAAUAUUCUAGUUUCUGGGAUAUUUAACCCUUUGGUAUUAGCCAGCGGUAUUAUGUGGCCAGCAGAAGCCAUAAACGAGUAUCUACUGUAUGUAGUCAAAUGCCUGCCUUUGUCCCUUCCGACGACCGCGCUCAGGAACGUUAUCAAGAAAGGUCUGACCGUUUGCGACUCGGACACCCUGUACGGUUUCGGCAUUUUAUGCAUGUGGAUAGUUAUUUGCGGAGUUUUAAGUAUAUUUUAUAUUAAGAGAAAACAGUAAAUGAUCAAAUAAUUCGAUGGUUUCGGGAAAUAUAUCCAAAUUUGUUGCUUUUCGAGAGAAUCGAUUGAAGUUGAAACGCUGAUUUUAAAUGUAGUCUAAAAUCCGACCAUUUUUUGAUCAAUAGUAUAUUACACACCGAGGUGGGAAGAGUUUCAUUCCUGUCGGGAGAUUAGUUAGAUCACCGAGACGCGAAGCGUCGAGGUUAGCUAUGAUCUCGAGACAGGAAUGAAACUUCCUACCGAGGUUUGUAUACUAUUUUAUUUACAACCAUCAUAUUUCGAUCAAAGUUAAUAAAUUUCUGUUUCGUUCUGAACAUACCUAAAAUAUUACAUUUAACGACAAAUUACCAAACGCGCGGUUUUUUCAGAAUAAUCAAGUAAAUAUAUUGUUACUGUGAUUACAGGGUAAACAACUGUCACCAAUAUAAAUAAAUGUCAGAUAAAGCCGGAUAUUAAAUUCGCGAAUAAUAAAUAUCAGUAAGUAGUUUGUUGUAUUUUAGUUCAUUAUUGUUUUUUAUUGUUUGCCAUUAAAUAGGUAUUAUAAAAUUUAUCAAAAAAAUGUGUUAUUCUUUUUAUAUAUAAAAAUAUUAAUCUAGAAUAGAUGAAAUGAGGGCGGGAAGGAGAGGUGUGUAAUGUGACACUUCCCAACCUUCAAUGAAGUUAGUAAUGACAACAUUACAUAUAUGGUUGUAAAUAAAAUACAAUUUUUAUAGAUAAUUAUUAAUAGAGAAUACGACUUUGCGAGGCUGCUUAUCAAUAUAUUGUACUUUUAAUAGUAGUUUUUUUCUACUUUAAGGUAUAUUUGUUAUUUAUGAUUAUUGAAGAAAAUUCUUCUAACAGAAGUUGUUUGUAAUAUUAAUAAUUUUUAUCAUAUACACGAUUUCUCUAAAAUGGACCGUAAUGGAGAAAUUUUAAGAAAAGAACAAAAUUUGAUUUUUUUAGCAUUUUUGUUGGCAAUAAAAUUAUGAAAUAUUUUUUUAUUUAUUCAUAUUCUAAACACUUUUUGAUUAGAUAGGCCGUAAUCAAUAUUUUGAUAACUUUACAGGAAUAUUUGGACAUUUCCUCAAAUUUCUCUAUUGCGGUCCAUUAUAGAGAAAUCAUGUAUAUGACAAAAAUUAUAGAGAAUAACAUUAUGAACAACUUUUGUUAAAAUAAUUUAAUUCAAUAAUCAUAAAUAACAGAAAUAUACCUUAUAGUAGACUCCCGACUAUAUUUUGAUAGGCAACCCGGCAAAUCUACAUUUCUCUAUCAAUAAUUAUCUAUAAAAAUUGUAUUUUCAUAACAUAUGGUCGGAUCUUAUACUAAUAGGCAUAAAUUCAUAUCGAUUUCAUAUUAUUGUGCUAGGUUGAACUCUUUAAGUACAGUUCAACGUAUUUUACAAAAAUUUUAUUAGAAAAAUGACUUAUCCCCUUAUUCCCCAAAACCACAGAAUCGUAAUAAUAAAGACUUUUUAUCCGCAUAUCAUUAUAGGAAUUAAAAUUAAACUUUUGACUGUUUAUGCGAUUUUUUUUUAAUUUUAUUCAAUUCAGUAGAAAUACUGUAGAUAUAAAAAUAUAUUUAUGUAUCGAACCUAAUCUAAAAAAACCUACUUGGCAUUUUUUAUAUAGCACUGUACUGUAAUUAAGAUAAAUAAAAACUUUUUUUACAAAAAAAAAAGGUUUUAAUUAGUAUUCUUGGAAAACCUAUUUCUUCUACUAAUGAUCGGCCUGGGUUUGUAAAGGUCCUCACUGGAAUACCGUUGUGA